GACGUUAUCACCUCCUAGCUGGUACAUGCGGUUGGAAUCAUCUCAGAAUCCGUCCGGCGCUCAGGGACCCGAAACGUUUACGUUAAUCAAUGAACAGCUAGUUGCAGUCGCAUCCAUAUACCUCACCCACCUGCUUAGGCGUGUAGCUCACAAUGUUGAGAGCCGCACUUCUUUUCGUUGUAUUAUUCUCUAGCGUACAGGCUCAAAACCAACCACCUAGUAGUUGGCCGCAUGACUAUCCUGGCAAGCCGGUCGGAGACUUCAGUCCAGCAUGGCAAGACUAUUUGCAGGUCAAGGGCCCGCUCCCAAACGUGACGUUCGAUAUGCCACGUAGCUUCGCUGGCAAUAUCGGUGUCAACCGAGCUGGCCAUCCCAACAAUACCUUGUUCUUUUGGGGUUGGGAAAAAGACCAGGGAUCUCUGACCGAUGCGGAUAACACUGACCCGUGGGGUAUUUGGCUGAACGGAGGCCCCGGUUCAUCAAGUCUUCUAGGCCUGCUCUUCGAGAAUGGACCUAUUCGCAUCAAUGGCGAUUAUUCAGCUUCACCCAAUAGCUUCAGCUGGAAUCGCCUUGCCGACUAUUUCUGGAUUGACCAGCCUGUUGGAACUGGCUUUGCAACGGCCGAUUCGGAAGGAUAUGCACAGGAUGAAGAUGAGGUUGCGCGCGAUUUCUGGGGCUUCGUAGAAAACCUCGUGAAGGUGUUCCCUAACCUGAAGAACCGCCCACUGUACCUCACGGGCGAGAGUUACUCAGGACGAUACAUUCCCUACAUGACGAAGGAAUACUUCGGAUUGUCCAAUCCACCUGUGAAGCUCGCCAAGAUCGUCAUCGGUGAUGGUACCAUGGCUAACCUUCAUGUCUGCCAUGACCUUCCCGCAACUGCUGUAAUUAAUACAUACCCUCAACUCAUCUCCUAUGACCCGGAGGUAUAUCAGUAUUUCGAACAACAGGAGGAACUUUGCGGAUAUAAUGUUACUUUGACCUAUCCACAGAAUGGCUUCUUCCCGACCAUCAACCCCGCCGAUCCGGAAUCCCCGGAGGCCAAGAAUAACUUCAAACUUCGCCAGUCAUGGCGGUAUCUCAGCAAACGUGCCCUUGCCGCGAAUAUCCAUUCCCGCAAAACUCAACUGGUAUCCAGGAAUACUGACGCUUUACAGAAGCGUGAGGCGGAAAGACAACAGUGGAAGAGGAAUCUUAGUCAACGGGCAAAUGGGACUAUCGACCCUUUCUACGCAUGUUUCUUGGGCGAUGAGCUCAUGGAAUAUGCGUUGAAUUUCUCUUUGCCAUGGAGUCUGAGCAAUUACACCGGCAACCACGAUUGGGAAGCUAUUAAUGUCUACUUUGUGCCCGACGCCCUGAAUCCAGAAUCGCCUCUGGACGGAGUCCCGUUCUUGAAUAACAACGUCACUCGAGCUGCCAUCCAUGCCCCUACGUCUAAAAACUGGAGUCCGGGAAUCAACUAUCCCUUCGGCGGACCUGACGGUGUAGAUCCAAGUAAAUCUAUGGUCUUCCUCUCCGAGCUUCACGCAAACGCGUCGAAGCAUGGAAUUCCUUUCAUUUUCUAUUCUGGCAAUAGUGAUGCACUUGAUUCUCACCGUUCAACUGAAAUGACCAUUCAGAAUAUGACUUUCGGGGGAAUACAGGGAUUCACUAGGAAGCCAUCGACACCAUGGUACGACGAUGAUGGCAAUUUCGCGGGCAUUGUUCAUCAAGAGAGGAACGUCACUUUCCUCCUUUUCUCUACGGCUGGUCAUCAAGUCCCCUUAUAUCAACCUGCUCAAGCACUCACCUUCCUACGCGAGUUUGUCCUGGGUGAUAACCCGAACGGAACUGUCAUCACCGCCAGUGGAACGACAAAUGUGGUCGGAGGGGAGACCCCGACCUUGUUUGCGAACAAUAUCUUGCGGGGACAGGAUGGAAUAUACGUUGGCUCCAUAGUCACCCAGUCAACCUUCACCUACCCUUCUGCUACCAUUGCAGCAUGGGACAGGUUCACUUCAACUGCGUUCCCCACUCCUUAAAUUGCUUCACAACAUGGACUGCACGCAUUAUUAUCACGUACACAGAACACUUUUGGUUUUACGCAUGACUGAAUUGACAUAACGGCAAAAAAAGAAGACUCGACUCGCAGGUAAUGAAUGUUAACUGUGUCUAUUGCCUAGUUGAACCAGUUACGCACAAGCCGAUCUCUGCCUCCUCAAUGAUAUAACUGUUCCAAGAAAAUUAGAAAGUUAUG